CCAACGCCUCCCUCAUUGUUUGGAGCCAAUUUUCCAUUUUCGAACCCUCCCAGUCUUCAGAACCCAAAACAGCCUCGGAUCCCUUGCAAAAUUCUUCAACAGAUUGGUUCAUCCAAAUGCUUGCAGAAGUGGUAGUUCUCAUUAGUCUUGCACAUUGAUUUCGCAGGUGGUCAAUUAUGUUAAUUUGAUCUAGGUAGUUGAAGCCACUAUGCAUAUGCGUUGUUUGUGCUUUUUCUACAUUAUUGUUUCUCUUUGUUUGCUCCACUCAAGUUGUUAACCAGAAGGAUAUGUACCUUGCAACCUAUGAGUUUCAUUUGAUGCAUGGAUGCAUGUGUCCUUUCACUCUUUUGGAACCACCUGGCCAGGACAUUAGGCUUCUCAAUUCAAGUCUGUUGUGCUAGUCCCUCAAAUUAAUGGUGACUUCUAGCCUCAACAACAAUGCUGUGGAUGCACUGGGUGACAGUGUGGUUAAUUCACCUAUCUCUCAUAAACAAUCAACAUUAAGAAUGAAAAAGGUGGCAUUACGAGAUGUGCAGAAUGAUAAUAGGAUCCAUAUGCCUAAUCAUCCUGAAAAUUCUUGUUAUCUAGGACGGCAGGUUGGGGAUUUCAUUAAGGUUUAUGGAAGUAAGAUAGUCACCCCUGAGCGUCCUCAGAGCUCCCCUUGCCACCAGUUCUUAAACAUGAGUGAUUCAUGUGAGCAACGACUAGGCAAGAGAAAAAUUGAAGACGUGAUAGAGCAAAGUGCUGAUCGUGAUAAUUCCAAACGACAUUUGCAAAAGGAGGCAAGUAUACCUGUUGAAAGUACCAAGAAUCAGCAGGAGAAUGAGAGUCCUUGUGCAUCUUCAUUUGCACCAUCGUUAUUGACUUCUCCAAUUACCUAUUCACCUCGUAAACCACUGGUUCCACUUUUUCUUGGAAAGUCUAGUAAUGUGUUGCCAGGUGCUUGUUCUAGGCACCUAAAUUUUACUCCUGAUCGUAUGGUUUCUAACUUGGUUGAUCCAAAGAUGAAUAAUGAUGAGAACAGAACAGAGCGGUUUAUAUGUCUUCAGAAUCUCUUGACGCUAAUUGAUGAGUCUAAUCAGAAUGAUUACAUCCAAAUGCUUCAUUGUCUAUCAUCAUCUGAGCUUAGCAGACAUGCUGUUGAGCUAGAGAAAAGAUCAAUGUUGCUAUCUGUCGAAGAAGUGAAAGAGAUUCAAAGGAUGAAGGCUCUAAAUAUUUUGGCAAGGUCCUCAGUGACAAGCGAUUCUCCAUUGACAUCUGAGUACAUUCAAUCAAACAAGUGAAAAGAAACUACAAUAUUCUUUUUGUGCUGUUGUAUUCACUGUAGUCAAGACCAGGUGAUUUACGGAAACUAUCACAUUGAGGAAUUGAUUCCUGUGUCAUCAACUGUAAUAUGCUCAUCCCUUGCUUUUACUCAACUGCAGCUAUGCAAUAGGUGGUUGCUUACCAGAUUUAUGUCUCAAUUUAUUUCAGUAACUCCCUGAACUUCUCUUGUGGUUACCUAUAACUUCAAAAUUUUCCUCCUUCUUGGGUGCCUUUUGUAUGCA